CCGCCCAGGCCCGGGCGAGGCGAGGCGGGCCCGGCGCUGGGGCGGGCAGGAGGGAGGUGGCCGGGGCGGUGCGCACAGGCUUGCCUACACCUGCUCCCCCCUUCUUCCUCCUCCUCCUCCUUCUCACCCACCUGGCCGCGGCUCGGCCGUCCCCGCCGCGCUUGGCAGCGGCGGCAGCAGCAGCAGCCCCCGCCGCAGCAGUAUGUUGCCCAGGGGAACCUCGUCCAUGCCGCCGCCUCCGAACCCCGCCGCCUACUUCCCACCACCCCGGGUCACUUUGCCCUCCGGCCUAGAGAUCCUGCGCACCUACUCGGGAGCCGUCAUCUUCCUGGAGAUACUGUUUGGAACGAUAGUCUGGAUUUUGGUAGCUGCUACCCGAGUUCCACUGCCACUGCUGCAGGGAUGGGUGAUGUUUGUGGCAGUGACUGCGUGGUUCCUGUCCAUUGUGUUCCUCUGUGUGUUCCUCUUCGGUUAUGCAAAUAGAAUUGCUGUCAACUGGAACCAGAUGGAUUUUCUUUUCCAUGGGGCUACUUUUGUGUUUUAUUUUGGAGCUUUUCUACUGCAAGCAGCAACUACAUCUCUGCAUUACUUUCCCCUCAAAUUAAAUUCCACCACGUACGAGAAGAUUCUAGAAGAUCAUGAUUAUAACAUAAGUAUAGCAGCCUCGAUUUUUGCCUUUGCAACAGCUGUUUGUUAUGGUUGCAGCACAGCCCUGGCGCUAAGGAGAUGGAGGCUAUAGCAGUUGAAGAGAGGUUAAUGCCUGAGUGUUCCACUUCGGAUCAAAUUAAGUGCUAGUUGUCUGUUUUACUGUAAUCUAAUUCCAAAAAGACUUUUUUUUUUUUGCUUAAAAUCUGUUGUAAAGUGCUGAAAUGCAAAUAACCCCUAAUCAGGCAUUUCCUUAACAGAAAACAAGUUUCCAUCUCUUCCUAUUCUAACUUUUACUUUUAUUUUGUAUUCAUUAGAAGCCCACUCAUUAUAUAGUAUGAUAGAAUUCAGGGAUAAACAGAUAUGUCAUUAGCAGAUAACAGAAUUCUAGUGCUAAAUCAGAAGAGGAAAAAAAUGGAAACUAAACCAACAUGUUAACUGUAUAGGCAGCUAAAAGCGCCCCCCUUGUUAAGGCCUGGGAUUGGGCCUUAAGUGUUUUGCAGCGUUACAGUGCAUUCCACACAGGCAGGGCCUUGAGGCUCCUGGUAAAGUCAUGGGUUUUCUGUGUGCUGCUCCUUGCCUGAUCAGAGCCCGGGCUGACCUUGUGACACCAAGUUAGUAUAUAUUAGUAACUUUGACAUACAGAGAAAAUAUUUUCAAUAUCUAUCAGUGAAAUCUUUUGAUAACUCUUUUGUAGCUGUAUCCAGCUAUGGUCAUCUGCUCCUUAAAGCUUACUGCAUUCCUUAGGAGAUGGAAACUGUUUGGGACUGUCAGUCAGUAGUUAAUUAGUUUUAGGAAUUUAGCUUAAUCAGAUCUAUUUAUACUGCAAAACAAAACAGUGCAUCUGUAUUGUGUGUGUAUAUACAUGGUAUAUUUUUGUUUAACAGGAAUAGUUGCACUGUUUCACUUUGUUGGAGUACAGCUUUGUUUUUGUUACUUCAAGUGCUGCAUUUCUUACUUAUUAUGUGAGUCAAUAUCGUUUGAAUGGAAUGUUACCAAAUGGUGAAUAAUGUCUGACCUCAAUUCUUGCAGUGUGUUAUUUGUUGCAUUAUAAACCUGCAGUGUUGUAAAGGUGUUUUUGUUUAGACAGAUGCCUGUGCAACAUCUUACUGAAAGCAGUGUAUGCGAAGCGGUCCGCCCACUACGGAGUUUGCUUUUGGCAUGAAUGAAGUUUAAUGGAGCCUCUCUUAAAUAUCCCUGUUGUAUAAUGACAUGCGAUAUUAUACUUAGAAAAUUAAUUUAACAGAAUUAAAUGGUAGCGUUGUGCUCCGCUCCCUAACACUCAUGCCGUUUUGCAGAUGGUGAAACUUUUUUUUAUAAUGCUAGUAAAUAAUUUUUGCCCUUGUGCCAAAUUGAUAACCUGUGAGAAUAAAGGCUCCCUGUCAUUCAUAAAACAACUUGCUCGACGCAUCUUGCCAGUGCACCUGAAUAUUCUGCAGAGACCAGCAGUGGUUGUGCAAGGGAAGACAGGACUUUCUUCAUUCCCAGGCCUACUCGUUCUCCUUGAGCCAACAAGGGUGUCUGCUAUGAAGGUUACUUUAUCAGACUUGUCAGGUACAAGGUUCUCUGAGAACCAACCGCCCUCAGUAGUGCCUUGCAGUGGCUGCUGACCCAGGAUGGGUUCUUACGGGUGACAUAGCAGUGAGUGGCAGCCCUUCUGACUACUGGAACCACUUGGUUGUCCUGAAUUACUGCGAUGGGAUGUUUUCGUAUUUCUUGUUUUCUGAAAUUUUUAUCUUCUAAAAAUUUUGUACUCUGGCUGAUUUUUUUUUUCUAAUUCUCUACUUGCAUUGAAACUUGUUUUGUGAGCAUGUUAUCUAGAGCCAUAUACUUUUAAAAAUAUUUCAUAUUGUAUAAAAUAUAUUUACACUGGAGUAUAUGGAUGAAAGUAUAUAACAAAGACGCUAAGCAGCAUUAAAGUUACUUAAUAUAUUUA